AUGCCGACUGGACUGGACAGGGUGCCGGACAGGAUGCAGGGCUGGGUGCCGGCUGAACUGCCGGCAGGGACGGCGGCUGGAGUGCCGGCUGGACAGGACUGGUUCACGGAUGACUCCUUUGAUGAAGAAGAUUCUGAGAAGUUUCUCUCUGGCUGUGGUAGCGUCCCACAGGCAUCAGCUGUCUGUCUGAACUCCACUCGCUCAUUUGGUGAACUUCAAUUUAUGAACUGUGUCUGGACACUGGAGAACCUGCAAGACAUAGUCAAUGCAUCUGACACCUCUGUGGACAAGAACUGGUUAAUUGCUUCCAGUGUACAGAUGCUUACAUCCAGACCAGAACAAUUAACCCACGAGAACAUCACCUCAGCUGCUACUAUUGCCCGUAGACUGCUGUCCUCCAAUCUGUUAAAUAAGACGAUUGCAUUGGCAGUGGUGACCACCAUUAGUCAACUGAUGGAUGCUGCUCAUAGCCAAUACUCUGAAGACUCUUACACAGCUAUUGAGAAUCUUACUAAGACUUUGGAGGAUUUUGCUUUGCACAUGAGUAUGAACGAUACGACGUCUGGUGGCCUGGUGCAGCCAAACCUGGCAAUACAAUACAUUAAAGUGCCGAGCGGGACACCACAAGUGCGAUUCUACACACUAACAGGACCUCCAGAGACGUUUUUAGGCCUAGGCACAGAAGCUGCUGACACAAGAUCCUCUUCAGGAUACCCCGCUGAGAUCCAGUUAACUCUUCACCUGCAAAAAGAUGUCCAGAAAAACUGGGAGAACCGAAAUGUAGGUAUUGGAGUGGUGAUGUAUAAAAAUGAUCACUUCUUCAAGUCGAAAAGCUUUAAUAUGCAAAUAGGCACCAAGAGAAGAGUGGUGUCAGCCAGUCUCACGGACAAACGAAUACUUGAUCAUAUAAAAUUCAACAUCAUGCCAAAGAACAUAUCCGGCGUAACGCCUCACAGCUCGGCAUGUGUGUUUUGGGACUACACUGAGAGACACUGGAGCACAGAGGGAUGCAAUAAAAUACUCACUCCCUCUGGAGGCGUGGAGUGUAAAUGCAACCACACCACCAACUUUGCAGUUCUAAUGAGCUAUAAAGCAGACUAUCAAUAUUCUGAGGCGUUAAACUGGAUAAGCAUUCUUGGAUGCAGUAUGUCUCUUGUGGGAUUGGUGCUCACUGUACUUUAUCAAAUUCAAACCAGGAAAUCAAGAGGAACCAAUUCCACCGUGGUCUUAGUAAACAUCUGUGUGUGCAUGACCGUCUUCUACCUGAUCUUCAUGUUUGCAAUCAACAACCCCGUCCAGCACAAGGAUCAGUCAAAAUCAUUGAAGAACGUUGUUCCUGCUUCAGAUUGGUAUCAGGAGCUGGAUGAGGGUCCAUGUACACCAGUCACAGCUCUGCUUCAAUACUUCCUGCUCGCCACCUUUACCUGGAACAUCAUGUAUGCCGCUCACGUGUUCUUCCUCAUUAGAAAUGCCGUAAAUGGUCCACCAGCGGGUUUCCUUGCCUUUGCCAUUACAGCCGGCUGGGGUCUGCCUGCUCUUAUUGUUGGCAUCUCACUGGGCACAACUUACAGUUUCAAAGACCCUUUAGGCUAUAGACAAGAAGAAUUUUGUUGGCUGGCGUCUCUGGAUAAGGAGGGGAGGUUUGAUCCUAAGCGGCCCAUGUUGUGGGGUUUCUUGCUCCCUCUUGCUGUCAUGCUCAGUUUUAACAUCGUAGUUCUGGUGUACUUCUCUCUCACCAUCUGCUGUGCAAAGCCCAACCUGAAGAGUUCACGGAUGACUCCUUUAAAGAAGAAGAUUCUGAGUAGUUUCUCUCUGGCUGUGGUACUCGGUUUGUCUUGGGUCAUUGGAUACUUUGUGCUCAUCACUCACGAUAAAACACUUUACAUCAUUCUGAGUGCGCUCUUCUGUCUCUGCAACACAACACAGGGUGUUCAGAUUUGUGUUUUCUUCACACUAAAGCCAUUUCUCCAGAAGAAAGCUCACUAUAAUACGGAUUUAAAGACUGAAUCAAAGAUGGUUCCUUAA